CCCAGUGCUGGACCUGCAGCGCCGGCAGAGGUGGAGGCUGAGGAUGACGAGGAUGAAGAUGAUGACGAUGACGACUGUAAGAAGUCCAUGGACGAGGGUACAGCAGGAUCUGAAGCCUUCGCCACUGAGGAAAUGUCCACGCUGGUCAACUACAUCCAGCCCACAAAGUUCCACUCCUUCGAGGUUUCCAAGAAAAUCAAGCGCAGUUAUCAGAUGUCAUCGUUUGUGGAGACCAAAGCCCUGGAGCAGCUGACCAAGACCCCGGUGGAGUUCGUAGAAUACAACAAAUUUCAGCUGAGCAGAAUCUAUCCUAAAGGAACUCGAGUGGAUUCCUCCAACUACAUGCCUCAGGUGUUCUGGAACGCCGGCUGUCAGCUCGUCGCACUCAACUUCCAGACCAUCGAUCUGUCCAUGCAGCUGAACCUCGGCAUGUACGAGUACAACGGGAAAAGUGGCUACCGACUCAAGCCAGAGUUCAUGAGGCGACCGGACAAGCAUUUUGACCCCUUCACAGAAAGCACAGUGGAUGGGAUCGUGGCCAACACCUUAUCAGUGAAGAUCAUAUCAGGACAGUUCCUGACUGACAAGAAGGUGGGCGUUUAUGUGGAGAUUGACAUGUUUGGACUUCCAGUUGACACAAGACGAAAAGCUUUCAAGACAAAGACGUCCCAAAGCAACGCCAUCAACCCUGUGUGGGACGAGGAGCCCAUCGUCUUUAAAAAAGUUGUGUUGCCCACCCUCGCUUCCCUGAGGAUAGCCGUGUUUGAGGAGGGAGGGAAGUUCAUUGGACAUCGGAUCAUUCCCGUCUCAGCCAUUCGUCCCGGUUAUCGUUACAUCGGUUUGAGAAAUGAAAAGAAUCAAGCUCUUACUCUUCCUGCUAUAUUCGUGUAUAUCGAGGUCAAAGACUACGUACCGGAUACAUUCGCUGAUGUCAUUGAAGCGCUGUCCAACCCCAUCAGAUACGUCAACUUAAUGGAGCAGCGAUCCAAGCAGCUGGCGGCGCUCACUUUAGAGGAAGGAGAAGAGGAGAAGGACACUAAAGAGGCGGAUCCAGGUGUUGAAAACCCCUCGGAGGUGAAGAGCGAACCCAAACCCGCGCCGGUCGAGAACGGAUUGAGUCACGCUCCCAGUGCGGCUCCGAAACCAGCGUCCCAGAUCAGCGCACAACCACAGUCCUCAGGCUCAACGAAACCAGCGGCAAAGACUGAAGAUCUCAUUCACAGUGUCCUCACUGAGAUGGAGGCGCAGGCCGUGGAGGAGCUGAAGCAGCAGAAGGGCUUCGUCCGAGAGCAGAGGCGACACUAUAAAGAGAUGAAGGACCUGGUGAAGAAACACCACAAGAAGACCACUGAGAUGAUCAAGGAGCACACGGCCAAAUACAACGAGAUCCAGCACGACUACCUCCGCAAGCGGGCCGUCCUGCUCAAAUCUGCAAAACGAGACGGUAAGAAGAGGUGCCUGUCCUCCAGUCCUGAACACGGACCCUCGUUCUUCGAGCAGGAGCUGAACACUCUGGAUCAGGACAGCGGACAGAAGCUGUCGGACCUCAAAGAGCAGCAGCAACAACAGCUCCUGAAUCUGCGGCAGGAACAGUAUUACAGCGAGAAGUACCUGAAGAAAGAACACAUCAAACAGGUUAUCGAGAAGCUGACCGGCAUCGCUGAGGAAAGUCAGAGCAACCAAAUGAAGAAAAUCAAGGAGCUGUGUGAGAAAGAAAAGAAAGAACUGAAGAAGAAAAUGGACAAGAAGAGACAAGAGAAGAUCAAUGAAGCCAAAUCAAAGGAGAAGCACUUGACAGAAGAGGAGAAACUGGAGAUCAACCGGUCUUAUGUGAACGACGUGGUGCAUCACAUUAAGAGGCUGGAAGACGCUCAGACUAAAAGACACGAGAAGCUUGUUGAAACCCAUAAAAGCAUUCUGCAACAGAUAUUAGAUGAGAAACCCAAGCUUCAGAACGACCUGGAUCAGGAAUACCAGGAUAAAUUCCGGCGGCUUCCAUUGGAGAUCCAGGAGUUUGUGCAGGAAAGCACCAAGAGAAAGACUGAGGAUGUAGAGCAAGAAGUUCUUCCUUCUUCCUCUUCCACGCUGGAGAAACUCACGCAGAAGAGCGCACAGUCUGAAGACGACACAGAAGAGGAGAAGAAAGACUGAUCCGACCCUGUCAGAAACCUUCAGACCUCUUCCCACUUUUACGUUCUUACCGAGAGAUAUGGACGGCUGAUGGAGGAGGCUUGGUGGAAACGUGGCUUAACGUCACGCUGGGAGGUUUUUUAUUUCACUUUGUGUAUUCUACUUGGCUGAGUACACACUAAGGUUUAAAUAUGAAUUAUUUCUAAUGUUCUGUUGAUGUGCUUCUCAUAAUAAUGAGUGAAAACAAAAUGGAAGAGAAUGCAGGUGUAUAGAGAUACUAAUUAUCUUUAAUAGAGGAAUCUCACAAAAACAUCACGGAUCAAAACAAUCCGAGUCAUAUUUUGUGUUCGUGUUCGAAAUCGCUCCCUUUACGCUCGUUCGAUAUUCCCUGCAUGAAUCCACUGAUAUAGUCGUGAAGAAGUGAAUGAAAACGAGUGAGUGAAUCGAACACUGCUACUGCUUUAGAAACUUUGAACUCUGUCAUGUAUAAACCUUAAUUAAACUAUUUAAUAAUCACUUAAAAAGGAAGUUAUGCCUGUGUGAUAUUACGCUGUAGCCACAUUGGACCAGCAUGGACGGAUGGAUGAUCUUGGUCGACUCUCACAGUGCAUUAUGGGUAUUCUCUAGCCUUUGAGUGCGGCUGAAUGUUCUUCACUCGUUAAUAUGAUGCAUUAUGGGAUUGAUCGAGUGCACUCGAUUACGUCCAGCACUACAAAUGUCUGUUCCCUCAAAUACCGCCCUAUUUAGGGGAAUAAGGGGCUAUUUCAGACAGUUUCUGGGAUGAAAUAUGACCCGGAUGUGUUCUCGACAGGCUUUGUGAGAUUCACUCUUAAGGCCCGUUCACAUCAACGACGAUAGCCGUAACGAUAAAGAUAUAAGAUGUGUCCCAAAUGAUGCACUAUAAACUAUGUACUUUACGGUUUUGAAUGAACUUUAUAAGGUUAUUUUUGUCAUUCAACAUUUGAGUCUGAAGCCCCUCCCCCUCAUCUACGUAAUUCUGUACUACAUUCCCCAUGAUGUCAUGAUCAUGUGACCAUCCGGCAUCAGUUGCGUCGCUCACGGGAUAGGAAAGUGUCCAUCGUAUGCACUGGGGAUGCACCGAUAUUUUGGCCGAUAACCGAUAAUUCUUUAUAUUGACAGCCGAUA